CAGGGUUAAGGUCCAGACUGCGCGGAGAUGCAGAGCGAAGAGCGCGGGGAGAGGGCGCUGCUUCGCAUCUCGGCCACCUUCAGCCCGCGUCCGCCGCCACCCGGCGCGUCCCCGCCGCCGCCGCCUUGAUCCCUGCACUCGGGUGCGCACGCUCGCUUGCCUGCUUCCUGCCGCCGCCGCCGCCGCCGCCGCCGCCUGGGCCAUGGCGACCUGUUUUCGGCUGCGGAGCUGCCUGGCCCUGCACCUCCCGCGGACGCCUCCCAGCAGGGUCCUCCGCCCCCGCGCCGACUACCCGGUGGCCCGGAUUCGCGGCUACGCCCGGGGCCCAUUGGGCCUUUCCUCGGCCCUGCUGCGCACCGACGGCUUCGUGGGCGGCAGCUGGCUCUCGGCCGCCGCCACCUUCCCGGUGCACGACCCGGCCAGCGGCGCCGAGCUGGGCUUGGUGGCCGACUGCGGGGUACCCGAGGCCCGCGCCGCCGUGCGUGCCGCCUACGAGGCUUUCUGCAGCUGGAGGGGGGUCUCGGCCAAGGAGAGGAGUUCUUUACUUCGGAAAUGGUACGACUUAAUGAUACAAAAUAAGGAUGACCUUGCCAAGAUAAUCACAGCUGAAAGUGGAAAGCCACUAAAGGAGGCACAGGGAGAAAUUCUCUAUUCUGCAAAUUUCCUGGAGUGGUUUUCAGAGGAAGCCCGCCGCGUUUACGGAGACAUUAUCUACACCCCAGCAAAAGAAAAACGGGCCCUGGUCCUCAAGCAGCCCCUCGGUGUGGCCGCAGUCAUCACUCCAUGGAAUUUCCCCAGCGCCAUGAUCACGAGGAAGGUGGGGGCCGCCCUGGCCGCAGGCUGCACGGUAGUGGUGAAACCUGCCGAGGACACGCCCUUCUCUGCCCUGGCCUUGGCCGUGCUUGCAGACCAGGCUGGAAUUCCUCCGGGUGUAUACAACGUUAUUCCCUGCUCUCAAAAGAAGGCCAAGGAAGUAGGGGAAGCACUUUGCACGGAUCCCCUAGUGUCUAAAAUUUCCUUUACUGGUUCAACAGCCACUGGAAAGGUCCUGUUGCAUCAUGCAGCAAACUCUGUGAAAAGGGUGUCCAUGGAGCUGGGCGGCCAUGCCCCAUUCAUCGUGUUUGACAGUGCCAAUGUUGACCAGGCUGUCGCUGGGGCCAUGGCAUCUAAAUUUAGGAACUCUGGACAGACUUGUGUUUGCUCAAACCGUUUCUUGGUGCAAAGGGGUAUCCAUGAUUCCUUUGUGAAAAAAUUUGCCGAGGCAAUGAAAACAAACCUGCAUGUGGGUAAUGGAUUUGAGGAGAAAACUACUCAAGGCCCGUUAAUUAAUGAGAAAGCUGUAGAAAAGGUAGAGAAACAUGUGAGUGAUGCCAUUUCCAAAGGGGCCACUGUUGUGACAGGUGGGAAGCGACAUCAAGUUGGAAAAAAUUUCUUCCAGCCCACCCUGCUCAGCAACGUCACCCGAGACAUGCUCUGCUCUCAGGAAGAGACUUUUGGGCCCGUGGCACCCGUUAUCAAGUUUGAUACAGAGGAGGAGGCGGUGGCGAUCGCUAACGUGGCCGACGUCGGGCUGGCAGGUUAUUUUUACUCUCAAGACCCAGCCCAGAUCUGGAGGGUGGCGGAGCGGCUAGAAGUCGGCAUGGUUGGUGUUAACGAAGGACUGAUCUCCUCCGUGGAGUGCCCUUUCGGUGGGGUGAAGCAGUCUGGCCUUGGGCGAGAGGGCUCCAAGUAUGGCAUUGACGAGUACCUGGAGCUCAAGUACGUGUGCUUUGGAGGCUUAUAGGAUUCCUUAGUUCUUUAAAAAAUAAGAAAGGAAGCUUCGCCACAUGUAUGGGGACAUGCCAUCCAUUAUUCUAAAUAAGCCCAUAGGGUAUCUGAAUUAGGAAUUAUUAUUUUUUUUUUUGCAGUACGUGGGCUUCCCACUGCUGCGGCCUCUCCCGUUGCGGAGCACGGGCUCCGGAC